AUGGAUCCGUGGAGGGUAUCCGACUCGGCUUCUUGGCGGUCUCGGCCACUCAUGCAUUACUCGAUUCCUGCUCCCGCUCGAGCAAUUGUACGAUCGGGUGAGAGAUAUGAUCCAACAUCUGCAUGUAACGAUACACGGAACGGUUGGCCAUCUGAGAUGUCCAUGCAUCCACUGUGCCGCAUAGACAGUAUGGUUGAGACAAACGCGGCUCCCGGAGUGCAAUUGGCACCCGGAAGGCUAGCAGAAGUCAGGACCGUACAAAGGAACACAAAUAUAUACAACGACGAGCACAACGGGAAUCAUCUCCCGGUAGAGCAUACGUUCGCUGAAGCUAUAUCAGUGCCCAUCGCAGGACCUGUUGCUUCACCGCCUUGUCCCGCUGCAUUCACGCUGAAGAAGCUUAUGGUAAGCUCGGCGAGGGCACGGACAAAGACUCGAAACCCGACGAGAGAGCUUCACGACGCUAGACCACAUAUCUGCACGAAGCAUCGUACGGUCUAUCGUCAUCAUGGAGAUCUUGUUCGACACAAGCGGACAACCCCCGGUCACACGGCAUACCAGGGCCCUGUCACCUGUGUCUGUCGACGGGAGUAUUCUCGUCAAGACGGGAUGUACAAGCACUUGAAGACCAAAAAGUGUACCGGCCUUCCUCGUUCUUGGGCGUGA